UAUAUAUUGAACCAUAUUUCCCCAAUUCUUUUCUUCUUUCUCUUUCAACAUUUCUUCAAAUUAUUAAAGAAAAAAUCGAAUAUUUCGCUAUUUUUUUAUUUUUGUCACUAAAUCCACCUCAUACAGAUCUUAUAGUCCCACUAAUUUCAAUAAUACUCAGCUGUUUUGUGUUUUUUUCAUAAUAGAUAAUGACAACUUCAACGGCUCCUACAACUUUAUAUGACAAAGUUUUCAAUGCUCAUAUCGUCCACAAGGACGAAUCUGGCUCAUAUCUCUUAUAUAUAGAUAGACAUUUAGUCCACGAAGUCACUUCCCCACAAGCCUUUGAAGGAUUGGAAAAUGCCGAUAGAAAAGUCAGACGACCAGACUGUACAUUAGUAACGGUUGACCACAAUAUUCCUACAGUUUCAAGAAAAUCAUUUAAGUCGAUUGACUCAUUUAUUGAUCAAAAGGAUUCAAAACUCCAAGUACAAACUUUAGAGAAAAAUGUUAAAAAAUUUGAUUUAACUUACUUUGGUAUGACCGAUGCCAGACAAGGUAUUGUCCAUAUUGUUGGUCCAGAGCAGGGUUUCACCUUGCCAGGCACCACUGUCGUCUGUGGUGAUUCUCAUACUUCUACACAUGGUGCUUUUGGCUCUUUAGCCUUUGGUAUUGGAACUUCUGAAGUCGAGCAUGUUUUGGCUACUCAAACUAUUAUCCAAAAGAAAUCCAAAAACAUGAGAAUCUUAGUCAAUGGUAUCUUGAGCCCAGAAAUCACUUCAAAGGAUUUGAUUUUACAUAUAAUUCAUGUGAUUGGUACUGCUGGUGGUACUGGUUGUGUUAUUGAAUUUGCUGGUGAAGCCAUAUAUAAACUAUCAAUGGAAGCUAGAAUGUCAAUGUGUAACAUGGCAAUUGAAGCUGGUGCAAGAGCUGGCAUGAUUCAGCCUGAUCAAAUCACUUUUGAUUAUAUCAAAGGUAGACCCUUGGCCCCAAAUGGUGAACAAUGGAAAAAGGCCGUAAAGUACUGGAAAACUUUAAAAUCAGACCCUGAUGCUUAUUUUGAUCACGAAAUCGUCAUUGAAGCUAAAGACGUUAUUCCAACUAUAACUUGGGGUACUUCUCCACAAGAUGCUUUACCAAUAACUGCAUCUGUUCCUGAUCCAGCAAAUGCCACCGAUCCAAUUCAAAAAUCAGGUAUGAUUAGAGCUUUAAAAUAUAUGGGUUUGAAAUCAAAUGUUCCCUUUGUUGACAUUUCGAUUGACAAAGUCUUUAUUGGAUCCUGUACAAAUGCUAGACUUGAAGAUUUAAGAAAUGCCGCUAAGGUUGUUAAUGGCUAUAAAAUUGCUCCAAAUGUUAAAUUAGCCUUGGUGGUUCCAGGUUCUGGUUUAAUCAAAAGACAAGCUGAAAAAGAAGGUUUAGAUAAAAUUUUCGAAAAAGCAGGCUUCACUUGGAGAGAAGCUGGUUGUUCAAUGUGUCUCGGUAUGAACCCAGAUAUUCUUGAUCCUGAAGAAAGAUGUGCUUCUACUUCUAAUCGUAAUUUCGAAGGUAGACAAGGAGCUCUUUCAAGAACCCAUUUAAUGUCUCCAGCAAUGGCUGCUGCCGCAGGAAUUGCCGGUAAAUUUGUCGAUAUUAGAAAAUGGGAGUAUAAAGAUCCAGGCUCCCCAAGAAUUUCAGUUGAAGCCGACAACUAUGAUGAUGAAGAUUAUGAAUUGUAUAAGAAAGUUCAAGAUGAAGAAAAACAACCAUUGGAAGAAGAUAUCAAUAGCAAAGAACUUAAGGAAAAAAAUGGAAAAAAACCCAUAACUGCUAAAAAGAAACCAGCUGGUUUGGAAAAAUUCACAAUUUUAAAAGGUGUAUCCGCUAUCUUAAAUAAAGCAAAUGUGGAUACUGAUUGCAUUAUACCAAAGCAGUUUUUGAAAACAAUUAAAAGAACUGGUCUUAAAAAUGGUUUGUUUUAUGAAUUAAGAUUUGUAAAGGAUGCCAAUGGAAAUGAUGUUCCAACAGAUUUCAUUCUUAAUCAACCAUAUUAUGAUAAAUCCGAAAUUUUAGUGGUUAACGGUGAUAAUUUUGGAUGUGGUUCAUCUAGAGAACAUGCACCAUGGGCCUUGAAAGAUUUUGGUAUUAAAUGUUAUAUUGCACCAUCUUUUGGUGAUAUAUUUUAUAAUAACUCCUUGAAGAAUGGAUUAUUGCCAAUUAGAAUACCUCCAGAAAUAAUUCAAAAUAAAAUCAUUCCAGUGAUUCAAGAUACUCAAAAUAAACUAGUCGUUGAUUUGCCAAAUCAAAAUAUAUUAGAUGAAAAUGGUAAUAUAAUAGUUGAGCAUUUUGAUAUUGAUGCAUUUAGUAAACACUGUUUGAUUAAUGGUUUGGAUGAAAUUGGCUUGACUUUGCAAAAAGAAAAAUACAUUACACAAUAUGAAGAAGUUAGAAGGGAUAUUUAUUCAUUCUUGGAAGGUGGAUCUAAAUUAGUAAAGCCAAUUAAUGGAACCAAAAAGAGUUUGUAUGGAGUUACUGCUCAAGAAUGGUAA